ACAGCAGCUGUAGCCCAGUAUGACAGCGGUACUGCGGUGGUGGCCACGUUUAACGUUAGCGCCCCAGAGGGGUCAGGAGUGGUACUGCAGUGCCAGAGCCAGAGGAUGGUGUGGGUCCAGGACCGGGUUCGAGACCGGCAGAGAGUAGUCCACUGGGACCUGAUGAGGGGCGGACCAGACUACAGCAUGGAGAGGGUCCUGGACAUGUUCUCGGCCGGGGACCAGCGGAUAUAUAAUGCCUACAACAGGGACCGAAUCAGCAUGCCAAAAACAGCCUUUCAUGACGGCAACUUCUCACUGGUCAUCAGGGACGUGGUCCAGAGUGAUAAAGGCCUGUACAGCUGUAAUCUCCACCAUCACUAUUGUCACCUCUACGAGACCGUCAAGGUGCAGCUCAACGUCACCAAAUCAGCCCGUAAGGUGCGUCGUUUCUGGGAUGGAGAGAAAGCGGUGUAUGUGGUGCUAGCAGGCUCCUCAGUGGUGCUGCCGUGUGUGAACAGGAGGGGGGUGUGGACCGAGGGGGGAGGAGAGGAACAGCAACAGGUGGUGCACUGGGACCGCCAGUCCCCCGGGGUGUCACAUGACCGCGCCGACCGCCUCAUCGACCUGUACGCCUCGGGGGAGCGCCGUCACUAUGGCAACCACUUCCUGCGGCAGCGCAUGACCAUCGCGGGCGACGCCUUCGCGCGGGGUGACUUCUCCCUCGCCGUGGAAACGCUCACGCCAUCAGACCAGGGCCUGUACUCCUGUCACCUGCACCACCACUACUGUGGACUACACGAGAGGAGAGUCUACAGGCUCACCGUCACGCCGCCACUCACGCAUAGACACACGACGAGAGGGCCAACACCACCACCGCCACCACCACCACGCGCACUGCCAAAUGAAGACCCAGACCCAGAGGUUCCAGAGAGUCCGCGUGUCAUCAACGUAAUUCUGGACCAGCGACAUCACUUCCUCCAGCAGAUGGGCUACAUCCUGGCUACGUUGCUAAUGCUACUAAUCAUACUACUCACCGUUAUACUCAUCACACGAUGCAGGACAAGAGUGGUGGAGUAUGACCCACGCAAGAUGGAGAGGAAUCACAUGACCUCUCAUGACAUAGAGAUGGUUGCCCCGGAGAUCAAACCACAUCAGACAGAAACAAAACUAGAGUACAAGAACAACCUGCUGAAGGAGAAGGUUGAGAUGGGCAAAAUGAACUCACCAAAAUCUAUUGACCUGGACAGAGAGAUGGCCAAGGCGUGUUCGGGCUCCUACUGAGUGUGUGUGUGCGUGCGUGCUUGCGUGCGUGCUUGCGUGUGUGUUUGUGUUUGUGUU